CGACGGAGCUCGGGGCUCGCAACUGUGGUUCCGGGCCGACCGGCGACGCAGGCACGCUGCUUCCUCUUCUUCUUCCUUUUCCUCUCGCGCCGCCCGCCGGCCCCGCCUCCUUGUCCCUCCGCCCACCCUUCCGGGGCGCAGUCGCGUCGCCGCCGCCCGCCGAGCGGACAUGUCGGCCCCCUCCGGGUCCCCUCACGCGACCGCCGGCGCCCGCACCCCUCCCCGGCCCGGCGUGGCCGUGGCUCCCGCAGCCCUCGCGUCCUCGGGCCCGGCGCCGGCACGGCAAAACGGUCCAGCACAGAGUCAGAUGCAGGUUCCGUCUGGGCAUGGAUUGCAUCAUCAAAACUAUGUCGCUCCCUCGGGACCUUACUCUCUAGAACCUGGGAAGCUGGCCUCGUCAUUGCCAGAUGGCCAGUGCAAUGAUUACUACUCUGGUCUCUAUACACUACCAGCGCAGAAGGUGGCGACCCCGGGCGCAGCCAGCCACACCGGAGCACAGCAGGUGUACUGCGGGGGGCCACCUGCACCCCCUCUGCUUGGGACCCUGCCUGGACCCGUCCCAGGGGCCACCGUGGCAGCAUCCCACAUGCAUACGAGUGCCUCCCAGCCUUACCCCUCAUUCGUGAAUUACUACAGUAGUCCAACCAUCUACACUGCCAGCUCCUCUGCUGCCUCUCAGGGAUUUCCUGCUACUUGUCAUUAUGGGGUGUCAGCAGUUUCUAAUGCUGUACACCCCAGCGUUUCCUAUUCUUCUCUGCCACCUGGGGACCCCUACACGCAAGUGUUUACCUCACAGAGUGCUCUGGCGACCGGGCCAGGCAGAAAGGGUUCAUUUCCUGGUCAGAAUGCAGCUCCAAGCCGCCCGUCAGCACUUGCUGCUCCUCUGCCUCCGCAGCACCUCCAGCAGCAGAGUCUUGCGGGAUACAGUGCUUUGUCGUGGUCCGUGCCAGGCCUUCCGCCCACCCAGGACAAGCUCAUCAGAAACCACUCAGGACCAUUGGCCUCAGCCAGCAGCAGUCCUGCGAAUCCUGUUGCAGAUUCUCUAGCCGGCCCUAGUAUGCAGAAUGCCCCACCACCCAGGUCCAGCCCGGUGGUGUCCACUGCUCUUCCGGGAGCCCUGUCAACAAGAGUGCUGCCUGCUGGGAAGCACCCUGGGGAGCUGGUGGCCUUGGGUGCCCAGCCACAGGAGCUGCCACCACAGAAAGGCAUGCAGUAUGGUGACUAUGUUAAUAAUCAAGCUAGCUCCGCACCGACUCCCUUGUCAUCAGCUUCCGAUGAUGAGGAAGAGGAGGAGGAUGAGGAAGCAGGUGUGGACAGCUCCUCCACCACGAGCAGCGCUUCUCCAGUGCCCAACAGCUACGACGUGCUAGAAGGGGGCGGCUACCCAGACAUGCACUCUUCAUCAGCCAGCAGCCCUGCUCCGGACCCUGUUCCGGAACCACAGCCUGUGCCAACGCCUACUGCCCCUCAGUCUGCAAAGGUGGCCAAGCCCUUCGGCCACAGCUACCCAGCCCUUCAGCCUGGUUACCAGAACGCAGCUGCUCCGCCAACCUCAGGAGUGCAGCCCGGUGCUGUGCCCUACGCGGCCUUCCAGCAGUACCCGCAGCAGUAUCCUGGUGUGAACCAGCUGUCAUCCAGUCUGGGAGGAUUGAGUCUCCAGAGUUCCCCCCAGCCCGAAAGCCUGCGGCCCGUGAACCUCACGCAGGAGAAGGAUGUUUUACCCCCGACUCCUAUUUGGGCUCCUGUACCUAACUUGAACUUGGACCUCAAAAAGUUAAACUGCAGCCCUGAUUCCUUCCGGUGUACCCUGACGAAUAUCCCACAGACACAGGCAUUGCUGAAUAAAGCCAAGCUUCCGUUGGGACUGCUGUUACAUCCCUUCAGAGACCUGACGCAAUUACCAGUUAUAACAUCAAAUAUCAUCGUGCGGUGCAGAUCUUGUCGAACGUAUAUCAACCCGUUUGUGUCCUUCAUUGACCAGCGAAGAUGGAAAUGCAACCUGUGCUAUAGAGUGAACGAUGUUCCUGAAGAGUUUAUGUAUAACCCCCUUACACGAUCUUAUGGAGAACCUCACAAACGACCCGAAGUUCAGAAUUCAACUGUGGAAUUCAUCGCGUCCUCCGAUUACAUGCUCCGUCCUCCUCAGGCUGCAGUGUACCUGUUUGUUUUAGAUGUGUCGCACAAUGCUGUGGAAGCCGGCUAUUUGACAGUUCUGUGCCAGUCGCUGUUAGAAAACUUGGACAAGCUUCCCGGAGAUUCACGAACAAGAAUAGGAUUCAUGACCUUUGACAGCACUAUUCAUUUCUACAAUUUACAAGAAGGGUUAUCACAGCCUCAGAUGUUGAUUGUGUCUGACAUAGAUGAUGUUUUUCUACCAACACCAGAUGGUUUACUUGUGAAUCUAUAUGAAAGCAAAGAGCUUAUAAAAGUCUUACUGAAUGCAUUACCAAGUAUGUUCACCAACACAAGAGAAACACACAGUGCCCUUGGUCCGGCGCUUCAGGCUGCCUUUAAAUUAAUGUCUCCAACAGGUGGCCGUGUGUCUGUAUUUCAGACACAGUUGCCUUCCUUGGGUGCAGGCCUUCUGCAGUCCCGAGAAGAUCCUAAUCAAAGAUCCAGCACAAAGGUGGUGCAGCAUCUUGGCCCUGCAACUGACUUUUAUAAGAAACUUGCUUUGGAUUGCUCAGGACAGCAAACAGCCAUGGACUUGUUCCUGUUAAGCUCACAAUACUCUGACCUGGCUUCUCUAGCUUGCAUGUCCAAGUAUUCUGCAGGGUGCAUCUAUUAUUACCCAUCUUUCCACUGUACCCACAACCCUUCCCAAGCAGAAAAGUUACAGAAGGACCUGAAACGGUAUCUCACACGGAAAAUUGGGUUCGAAGCAGUCAUGAGGAUAAGGUGUACCAAAGGUCUUUCAAUGCACACCUUCCACGGAAACUUCUUCGUGCGCUCCACUGACCUGCUGUCUCUUGCCAACAUCAACCCUGAUGCCGGGUUCGCAGUGCAGCUGUCUAUUGAGGAGAGCUUGACGGACACCUCCCUGGUGUGCUUUCAGACCGCGCUGCUCUACACGUCCAGUAAAGGUGAGCGGAGGAUUAGAGUGCACACACUCUGCUUGCCGGUGGUGAGCUCUCUAGCGGAGGUGUAUGCAGGAGUGGACGUGCAGGCUGCUAUCUGUCUUCUCGCAAACAUGGCUGUGGAUCGAUCAGUGUCAUCGAGUCUGUCAGAUGCAAGGGACGCCUUGGUGAACGCUGUGGUGGAUUCACUGUCCGCGUAUGGCUCCGCUGUCUCAAACUUCCAGCACUCUGGGUUGAUUGCCCCCGCCUCUCUCAAGCUGUUCCCUCUCUAUGUUCUGGCCCUCCUCAAACAGAAAGCAUUUAGAACUGGUACAAGUACACGCCUGGAUGAUCGGGUGUAUGCCAUGUGUCAGAUAAAGUCCCAGCCGCUCGUUCAUCUGAUGAAAAUGAUUCACCCCAACUUAUACAGGAUAGACAGGCUGACGGAUGAGGGUGCCAUACAUGUGAGCGACAGAGUGGUGCCCCAGCCGCCUCUCCAGAAGCUGUCUGCGGAGAGGCUGACGCGGGAAGGUGCUUUCCUCAUGGACUGCGGCUCAGUUUUUUACAUUUGGAUCGGAAAAAGCUGUGACAAUAACUUCAUAGAGGAUGUGCUUGGGUACCCUAAUUUUGCAUCAAUACCACAGAAAAUGACGUAUCUUCCGGACCUGGAUACCCUUUCAUCAGAAAGGACCAGAUCCUUCGUGGCCUGGCUUCGGGACAGCAGACCGCUGAGCCCCGUCCUUCACGUGGUGAAAGAUGAGAGUCCUGCCAAAGCGGAGUUCUUCCAGCAUUUGGUUGAAGACAGGACAGAAGCUGCAUUUUCAUACUAUGAAUUUCUGGUUCAUGUCCAGCGGCACAUUUGUAAGUGAAGUGGAAUAGCAGUGAUUGAGAGCCAAGAUCCUAAAGCUAGGUAACACAGAGUGUUGCAGAAGCGCCGGGAUUUGUCACAGAUACAGUGCACACCACACGUGCUCGCUGGCUGGGUGGGCAGCACAGCAGUGGGAAGGGAGGAAGGAGCGACUGUCUGGCGGCCACAGUGCCAGCCGUGACGCUGCCUCACCGCGGGCCCAGCAGCCUGCCUCCUGGGAGCACCAGCGGGCCACCUGCGUAGCCGUGUGGAAUGACAUGUCAUCAUGUGAAAUUAGAUGCAGCUGUUUUCUUACGAUUCCUACACCCUUUCUGGACCUGAGUUCUAAUGAGAGGCACCAAGUCAGUGGCACCGUGUUACUUGUUUCUGUGAGGUACUUUCUGACAAGGAGUGGCUCCUUCUCAUGGGGUGAACCCAACUUGUCCCUGUAAAGACAAUAGUAUGUGAGCGAUAGAGAAGUAUAUAUAUAUAUAUGAUGUACAUAAAUGUUACAUUUGUAAAGAAAAUGUAAAAAUGUAACUAAAGAAUAUGAGUUGCUUACACUGUGCUUCAUUGUUGGAUGACAGCUCUUUUUUGUCACAGUUAGAGAAUGAGAUUGACUAACACAUAUUCUGAAUUGAGGCCACAAAACUUUGUAAUUCUGUUAAAACUUUUAUGUGGAUUUAUUUAUGAUCAGCCUACUAAUUAAAAAUAUUUUGCUUGACAA